AUGACCACCACCGAGAUCUGGAUGAACCGACGGUUCAUGGGAACAGGGACUCGGCAGGAACGCGCCCAGCAAUAUCUGCCCGGAGGCUUUUGCCCCAUCCAUUUGGGCGAUGUUCUCCAGGGCCGCUACCAUGUGUUCCGUAAGCUAGGCACUGGCAGCCAGUGCACUGUUUGGCUGGCAAGAGACAAAGGUGUGAAAGAGCGCCGUUACGUCGCCCUCAAGGUCUUUGCGGCCAAAUACAGCAAGCUGGACGACAUCUCGAUCGAGCAGCUUCUUGCAUCGCGCCCCGACGGCCAUGAAGGAAACCAUCCGGGCAAAUUUCACGUCGAACUAGCCCUCGAUAGUUUUCAAGUCCGGGGUCCUAAUGAGCAAACCCACCAGGUCAAAGUGACCGAGCCGCUCGGCCGCAGCCUCGCCGAGAUAAUCGAGGAUGCAGCCGAACGGCGCGCGGAGCUCAGCGGCUCCGACGCCUGGCUCGGCAAGGCGGUCGAGGGCGACGGCUGGUCGACGCGGUUCGCCAAAAGGGCCUGCUACCAGGUCCUCCUGGGGCUGGACUAUCUACACGCUCGACAGGUGGCGCAUCGGGACGUCCGGCCGGGAAAUGUCUGCGCAGCCCUGCAGAAGGACCUUUGCGAGCUCGACGAGAAUGAGAUUCAGGAAUCCGUCUGGCAGACUGAAGAGUCUGAUGAGGGCAAUUCGUCCAGUGAUGACGGUGAUGAUGCCGGUAACGACGCAGCACAGGAAGAAGAGCCGGUUUGGGACGUAGGACCGGAAUCAGAUGCGGAAUCAGAAGACUCAAGCCCCGUCUCGCCAGGGAUUUCGAAAAUUAUGGAACAAGGCCAGAUGUGUAGGCAACUCACCGAGCAGCAGUGGGCAGAGUACCGAGCGGACCCGGGCGACGCAUCAGCCGAGCCACACACGGCCGCGUGGAACAAGGCCAACUUGGUCAGGUCGGCCGACUGGAUCGAGCUCCUGCACCGGUCUGACGGCCAGCCGCCCCAGGACGGCGAGAUCAGGUACACCGUGGCGGGCGCGCCUCUGAUGGACGACGAGGACGAGACUUGCAUCUCAUCCGGCGACGGGCCCACCACCACGAGCAGACCGCCACCCGGCCGCAUGGUCCUCGUCGACCUGGGGGCGGCGUGCCGGUUUUCCGAGUGCGAGAGCCGGAGGCUGAUGAACCCCCUCGCCUUCACGCCGCCCGAGGGCCUGCUGCCCGGCAGAGACGGCGCCGGCGUGCCCUGCUCGCAUCGCGGAGACGUCUUCUCGCUCGGCCUGCUGUUCUGGAACGUCGUCAUGCUGCGGCGGCUCACGGAGCCGACGUUCUCGCUCCCCAACGACGACGACGACGACAAGACGCGGGCCAAGGGCCAUCUUUUGCGGGAUUUGGCUCAGCGCAUCGGUCCGUUCCCCGCCGAGCUGCGUCCGUUGUGGCCCGACGCGGGCAGGUUUGUGGAUGCGGAGGGCAGGGCCGUCGAGAAUUCUGCGGACCGAUACGGCCAAGAGGUUGAGCCGGGAGAUUUCGAAUACGGGGAUAUCUGGGACCAGGGCAGGCAGAGGAAACCCUUGGACAUGUCGGAUGGUGACCUCGAGGUCUUUGUAGGGCUGGUUUUGUCCAUGUUGCAGUGGAAGGCGGAUGAGAGGCCUUCCACGGCCGAGUUGCUUGGGCACGAGUGGUUCAAAGAGCUGCGCGAGGUGUGA